AUGUGGUCCGAUAACCAGGCCGUGGAUGAUGCAACUUAUACAUUACAGAUUGUCGCCGAGAUUGAUCGUCUUCGCUCUCAAAUCAAUGACGAGGCUGCAUGCCAAUAUGCGUCCAGGCUGAAUGGUGGUAGGAGUUGCAGUAUCGAGCACUCUUCCAAAGUUGGACCGGGCGCCCUCAUGGGAAACGCCAACUAUCAUGCCCGUAUUCGCUUCCACGACGGCUCUCCCUCAUGGCUCCUGCGAGUUCCUCGAGUUGCGAGCUUCGCCGUUGGUCUUCCCGUCUCGUUGGCAGACUAUUUAAUACUCAGCGAGUACGCAACAUUAAAAUUCCUCGAAACCACUACGGUACCGGCACCUCAAGCCUUCGGUUACGGCGUAUGCGGUAAUGGAACCGACCAUGGAGUCGGCGUGAGUUUCCUUCUCAUGCAAGAACUACCAGGAAGACCCUGGACAGGCGAGGGUGCGUCAGGCAAAGCGGCCACUGAAGACGAGAAGGCAAGGAUCUGGGGUGACCUCGCCGAAAUCAUGGUUGAGUUGGAACACCACCCCUUCCCCAAAGCUGGGUCUCUGUGCUUCCAGUUAUCCAACAUUGAAGUGUCGGCGGUAGCAAGCGACAGGUUCGUCGUCCUCACUCCCCAUGGUCCAUUUCAUAAUUCGACCGCCUAUUAUACUGCCUUCGCCGAGCAGUACUUGCAGCUGAUUGCGGAUGGCCAACUGUAUACCGAGUAUCCUGUCGAUGCGUACCUGGUGUACCGCUUUCUCAAGGACAAGGCAUCUCACCUAGCCCAACAAGGACAAGCACAAUCUCGAGAGGAAUUCUUUUUAAAGCAUGUCGACGACAAAGGCGACCACUUGCUCGUCGACGACGACCUUCACAUUACCGGUAUCAUUGACUGGCAGAUGGCACGUGUCGUACCUCGACGUGAAGCCUUUGGACCGUCACUUGUUACUGCCGACAUGAGUGCCUUGUGCCGUGGUAAGGUCUCGCUAAGUUCCGAUGAUGUUGCCUUGACGGAUGCACUGCGGCAAAGGGGCAUCUCUACCUGUGUCACAGAUGAGAAAGUGAGAAGAUUCUUCUGGGGUCUGGCCUUGGAACCCAAAUGGUCACGCGCGUUGCCGUUGGCAAGUGCUAUACUUGAAGUCUUUGGAGCCGGUCAAGACUGGACACGGUGGAGGGAGACGGCACUAAAGCAAUACGAGACUGACGGGCGCCUAAAAGGCCUCGUUGAGCGUUAUUGCCACUGA